AUGGUCGACAAGCCGCUGACGAAUCGCCCCGACGACGACGACGACGGUCUCUUCCAUUUCCAACAAAAGCAUGUCUUUUCGACGGCCAACAACAUGAUGGGCGCCGUGUCGCUGCCGCAGUGGCUCUCGAUUCUGUAUACGAACGGUCGCCACAUCGAGUGGCAGUACAUGUUCCGCGCGGCCUUUUUGACGUUUGCGUCCAUUUUUGCAUUUUUCGUCGGCCUCAUCGAGUCGCUUUGGUACCCGUCGCAUGUCAUUGAGGCCAUUCCGCUGCCGGACGACCCGCUGCCGCCGCGACUCCGUCAAGUGAUCCAGACGCGGGCGGCUGGCUAUUUCAAGACGUUUGGCUAUGCCACAUAA